GGAUGACAAUGAGGAUAAAAUCGAGGCAGGACUUUUUUUUCAGUUCCACCUCGCACCCUCGGUCCAGAAAGCCAGCGCGCCGCCUCCCGCCCUCUUCAAAGAGCCGUCGGCGGGGCAGGAAGCGGCGGCUCGGGCCGCGGGUCCCCCUCGGAGAGCGGCGAUUUCCUCCCGGGCUGCCCAGUUAUCUCUGGAGGCGCAGAGCGGCUCUCCGAAGAGCGCGUUCUCUCCCCCACCCCGUGCUCCUCAACCCACCCACCUACUUCCUCCGGCUCCAUACACACACAGGCUCAGAGCUGCCAAAAAUUUCCACCCUCCGCCCCCCCUCCCUAGCUAACUUCCUUCCAGCAUUUCCUGAGCUGGAUGAUCCUAGGAUUUGUAAGACAGGAAAAAAAGGAAGGCGUGAGGGCGGGCGAGAGAGACAGGAUGCUUGUUUUUCGUUUGACCAAAGCCGUCUGAAGGCACGGCGGCGGGCGCAGGGAGGAGGACCCGCGGCAGCCCCUGGGCUGUCUCCUCGCCCCCGGCUGCUGCCCGCUUCCGCGCUCUCGUCCUCUCCCGGGCAUCCAGAAGGGCGGAGAGGAGAGCUCGCCCGCGCUCUGAAGCGGAGGAAAACACCCGAAGACACCGCAGGAGCCUGUGAAAGUCCCUGGGACUCCAAGUGAGGAAGUGACACUCCCAAGCUCGCCGGCCCGCGGCUGCCAGCUCUGCACGGCCUCCGGCACCGCGGCCCUGGAGGAGCGCGCCGUGGAUCUCAGGCUCCGCGCCCCGCGGGGUCCAUGCGCACCGCCCCGGGCCCAGGUUCUUCUGGACGCCCAUGCGGCCCCCCAGAGCCGCGCCGCAGCCAGUGAGCUAACCCCGGAGACCGCCUUAGGCGCGGUGCCAAGCAGAGGGGAGGGGGAGACGGAGGGGCAACCUCUUUGGGACUAACUCAUGAAGAACAAGGGUGCCAAGCAGAAGCUGAAACGAAAGGGAGCCGCCAGUGCCUUUGGCUGUGACCUGACCGAAUAUCUGGAAAGCUCAGGACAGGAUGUUCCAUAUGUAUUGAAGAGCUGUGCAGAAUUUAUAGAGACUCACGGCAUCGUGGAUGGAAUUUAUCGGCUCUCCGGAGUCACCUCAAACAUACAACGGCUAAGGCAAGAGUUUGGCUCAGAUCAAUGUCCAGAUCUGACAAGAGAAGUGUACCUCCAGGACAUCCACUGUGUGGGCUCACUCUGCAAGCUCUACUUUAGAGAGCUGCCCAAUCCCCUCCUGACUUAUGAGCUCUAUGAGAAAUUCACGGAGGCAGUGUCGCAUUGCCCGGAAGAAGGCCAAUUGGCCCGAAUCCAAAAUGUUAUCCAGGAGCUUCCCCCGUCCCAUUAUAGGACCUUGGAAUACCUGAUUCGACACCUGGCCCACAUCGCUUCCUUCAGCAGCAAGACCAACAUGCACGCCAGGAACCUGGCCCUGGUGUGGGCGCCAAACCUCCUCAGGUCCAAAGAGAUCGAAGCCACUGGUUGCAAUGGAGACGCAGCCUUCCUCGCAGUCCGAGUCCAGCAGGUGGUGAUUGAGUUCAUAUUGAAUCAUGUGGAUCAAAUCUUUAACAACGGUGCGCCUGGGUCUCUGGAGAAUGAUGAAAACCGGCCCAUCAUGAAAAGCCUGACCUUGCCAGCCCUCUCUCUGCCCAUGAAGUUGGUGAGCCUGGAAGAAGCUCAGGCUCGGAGCCUGGCUACUAACCAUCCUGCUCGGAAGGAAAGGAGAGAGAAUAGUCUGCCUGAGAUUGUCCCUCCCAUGGGCACCCUCUUCCACACCGUCCUUGAGUUACCGGACAACAAAAGAAAGCUCUCCAGUAAAUCAAAGAAGUGGAAAUCAAUAUUUAACCUGGGACGUUCUGGAUCAGACUCCAAAUCAAAGCUGAGUAGAAACGGGAGUGUUUUCGUGAGAGGACAGAGGCUCUCAGUGGAAAAGGCUACUAUCCGACCAGCUAAAAGCAUGGACUCCCUGUGCUCGGUGCCCGUGGAAGGAAAAGAAACCAAAGGAAAUUUCAAUCGAACAGUCACCACUGGUGGAUUUUUCAUUCCAGCAGCGAAAAUUCACUCGACCAGCACCGGCAGCUCCUGUGACCUCAGCAAGCAGGAGGGCGAAUGGGGCCAGGAGGGGAUGCCCGCAGGGGCGGAGGGGGGCUUUGACAUGAGCAGUGACCGAAGCCAACUCCAGGGCACUCAGGCCCGGCCCCCACCUGAGCAGCUGAAGGUGUUCCGGCCUAUCGAGGAUCCUGAGAGUGAGCAGACAGCCCCCAAGAUGCUGGGCAUGUUCUACACCUCGAACGACAGCCCUGGCAAAUCCGUCUUCACCAGCAGCCUCUUCCAGAUGGAGCCGUCGCCCCGGCACCAGCGCAAGGCCCUGAACAUCUCUGAGCCCUUCGCCGUGUCCGUGCCACUCCGCGUGUCCGCCGUCAUCAGCACCAACAGCACCCCGUGCAGAACACCCCCCAAGGAGCUGCAGUCUCUUUCCAGCCUGGAAGAGUUUUCUUUCCAGGGAUCAGAGAGUGGAGGUUGGCCUGAUGAGGAGAAGCCAGUGGGAGCUGAGACUUCUACAGCUUCUGGACCUAAGAAGGUGGUUCUCGAGGAUGCCAAGCCAGCACCUGAAGCCAUGAGGACAGUGGAAUGCAGCAAAGGCCUUUCCCUGGAGCCAGGUGCCCAACUGGAGGAGAAGAAAACCUCAGAAGUCUCCCUGGGCUCUCAGCAUUCAAGUGAAUUAGAGAAGAGGCUGGAUCCAGACAAGGCGGUGGAGGAGAGUCGAGAGGCUGGCCAGGUGGAGUCCAGUGCUCUGCAGGAGAGCCCCCGGGCCAGAGCCGAAGCAGUGUUUCUCCAUGAGAUGGAUGAAGAGGAUCUGGCCAACGCCCUGAUGUGGCCCGAGAUUCAACAGGAGCUGAAAAUUAUUGAAUCUGAGGAAGAACUCUCUGCUUUGCCACCGCCUGCUCUAAAGAUCAGCCCCACUCAGCCAAUUCUGGAGUCCAGUCCAGGGCCUUUUGCUUCCCCGGAGCCUCUUGGGAGCUUGUCUUGUGGCUCCGCCCCAGCUCCAGGCCCCAUCCCCCUGGAGGAGUGGACUAGGGAUCCAACCAAUCAGAGCACACAGGGGGCGUCCACAGCAACCAAUAGAGAAAAGCCUGAGACAAGCAGCAGCCUCCACAGAUCCGAGCCGGAGAAGGGCCAGCGCCCAGACCCCACCAGCCUGGCUCCUCUGGAAAUAGUGCCCUUUGAGACGGUUUCUCCACAAGCGAAGGUGGAGGUGGGAGGCCCAGGGAAUCUGUCUCCUGUGCUCCCGCCUGCUCCUCCCCCUCCAACUCCUAUGGAGGAGUUGCCUCGAGUCCAGCUAUCAGAGGGCAGCCCUGAGGGAGAAGAUUCAUCCAGGAAUUUGAAGACAUAUCCGUAUACAGACCAGCUGAAGUCCAACGGCAGCCCUGGGGUCCCCAGUCUUUGUCAGGGAGAAGAGGCCUCUCCAGGACAAAGUGAAAAGCAAAAUUCAAAGGAUGCUGCUCCUGAGAGAAAAGGCUCUGGUUUUCCAAGCCCCACAAGGGAGGUUGAGAUCUCCCCACAAGGAGAGGGGGAUGUCACCCAUUCAGUACAGGAGCCCUCAGACUGUGACGAAGACGACACUGUGACAGAUAUUGCCCAGCAUGGCCUGGAGAUGGUGGAGCCCUGGGAGGAGCCCCAGUGGGUGACGAGUCCUCUUCACUCCCCAACUCUGAAAGAUGUGCAAGAGGCCCAGAUGCAGGGCCCCCAGGGCCACCGAUUGGAGAAGAGGCUUUCCCACAGGCCCAGCCUUCGCCAGAGCCAUUCUCUAGAUAGCAAAACCACAGUUAAGAGCCAGUGGACUCUUAAGGGUCCCUCCUCCAGCAGCUGUGCUAAUCUUGAAGCAGAGAGGAAUUCUGACCCUCUGCAGCCCCUGGCAUCCAGGAAAGAGAUUACUGGAUGGGAUGAGAAAGCCCUGAGGUCCUUCGGAGAGUUCUCUGGCCUGCAAGAGACAGAAGUUCUUCCCAACCGGAAGGGAUCAGGUGGUUUGCAGCCCAAACCAGCGGAAACCAGCCCUGUCAGCCUAGCAGAGGGAAAGGAACUGGGGACACACCUGGAGCACUGCAACCCUCAGAUUGAGCAAGGUGGUGUUCCUGGGCCAGAGAGCAGCAAGGAGAGUUCCCCUAGCGUGCAGGACAGUACCUCACCUGGAGAGCAUCCCCCAAAGAUACAGCUAAAGAGCACUGAGUGUGGGCCCCCAAGAGGGAAAAAUAGGCCUUCUUCCCUCAACUUGGACUCUGCCAUUCCCGUCACUGACCUCUUCCGAUCUGUCCAAGAUGGCUCCACACACCAGCAUAGAAAAUCAGAAUCUAUACUCAAGAGCAAACUCGGAGACUGGCACAGUCCAAGAAGACUUUCUGGCUCUGGCUUUUAUUAAUUUGGGACUCCAACUGCCGCUACGCUGACCUCUGAUUUAUAAAUCCAGUAGCUGGGCAGGGUGGGGGCUGAGCUGAGGCUCACCUCAAUGAAAUGUGCUGAAUCUUCAUUUAGGUAUGCAAUAGUGAAGUGAUCUGCUUUCUUCCCAAUAUCAGAGUCCAAGAACAAGAUGUCUUCAUAGAGAAAAGCCUCACACAUAGGCAGCAAACACCUCUAGCUCAGCUUUACUCUCCUUCCACACUAGGCUGGGACCAGCAGUACAGGAAGGGGUAAGGGGGGAGCCCUAGCAGGCUAGCCAUCGUUACUGCUUGGUGACAGCUGCCCAUCUUGACAAUGUGUUUCAUUUUAGCCAGUGGGUACAUCCCUUUCUCCCUCUCCUUCCAUUGCUCAGAGCAGAUUUGAGGGACCCCUCUCCCUUCCAUAAUCCCCCUCAUCCACCACCCACCCCAGGCACUCAGACUUGUUCCUCUCCUGUCUAUAUGCAAGCAGAAGCAAUAAACUAAUCUGAUUUUAUUUGUUAUUUAGAAUUUCAAAUGGUUCUUUCCUUUUCAGCUGGAGAGAGGAAGGAAAACUAAUAUAACCUGCUGGCAGAUUUUUGGUGCUAUCCUACGAAGGCCUUCACAGGAGCCCUUCUCAUGGCAAAACCCUUCAGGGUAUCAACACUUUCAGACCUUCUAAGACAACUAUGUUGUAUGAGAAACAAAGAUAAAUAAGACCUAUUUUUAGCCCUAUGCACCUCUUCUCAGGUUCAAGUCUGGCUAAAUUCUGUCCAGAAGCUCAGUCAUUGCAGAAAUUUCUCUAAGGGCUGGCAGUACCUCUGGGAAGACCUCACAACCAAGACUGGUGCUGGGCUGGGUAGGGGCUGAGCUGAAGUUACCUCCUCCAGUGAGAAAUUGGAUGCUGAUGCCUGCAACGGAUACAUACAUAUUCCUCUCUCCCUUCUUCCUGAUAAGCCUUACAGUUUUGAAAUCUUGUCCCAUACCUUUUAAGCCAGUGUCCCUGGCAGAGAUAACUGGUGGGCCAGCUGAUAAGUUCUGCUUUCAGAGGGCACUGAGAUGAGCGAGCAAGGGGAGCGGUGAAUAGGCCUUUGGUCAGUGUUUUUCCAUUCUCAUUGGGAACAAGACAUUAUACCAACAGCCAAUGAGCUGUCAACCCAUAAGAAAAGUCCUAGGGUAUACCAUUUUUCCCUCCUAGGCAGGCAAAGUGAAGAAAUAUAGUGGUGACAGAUGAGGAAGACCAUGUUCAGGAGGUGUGAAAAGUACAUUCCUGCCUUAUCAAAAAAUGUGGCAGACAGGCUUUGUGUCAAUCUCAGUGCACUGUGGUGUCUACGCUCUGAUAAGGACUGUGUUCCAGUUAGAAUGUGAGAAGGGGAAGGAGCCGCGCUUUGCUUCACCAUCAGAACUCUGAGCCGAGUAAUGAAAUAUUUAAACUAUUUUAUGAUUAUUUUAAAUUUUUGUUUGUAACACUUAGAGGAUAUAUUUUUAUUUGGGGAUAGACUGAGAAGCUACCAUUUACAUAUUAACAAGUGAGUUCAAUUUGAGGCGCCUACGUAGAUUUAUUAAAUGGCUGCCAUGUUCCUUA